AUGGGGGCUAGCCCCUUCACCAUCUGUGUAGCUGCUAUCUUGGGUUCGACUCUCAAUGGAGAAUUCGAAGAUGUCAAGCUCUUGAAUGCUCUUUUGCUUGAAAAGAACAAGCAAACUGGGUACUCAAAAGUCUUAAGAACCACUUACAGCUCAGUGUUGGGAAUCUUCAAUUUUUCAAUUAUAUCCAGUGGUGGAUUCAUUGCACCAUUUCUCUAUCCAGAGCUCGAGUGGGAAUUUCGACUUCUAUUAGUGAAGAGCAUCAAUGUUAGUGGGCAUAAAUAUGGUCUUGUGUAUGCUGGAAUUGGGUGGGUGAUUUGGAGGACCAAAGAAGACUUACCUGAGGAACUUAUCUUUCACAUCAACUACCUUGGAGCUGAUCAACCUACCUUCACCCUCAAUUUCUCUAAAGGUUCAAACCAAGUUAUUGCUCAGUAUUAUCAACUAAUUCGCUUGGGUUAUGAGAAGACAGGCCGAUUCAACAUUGUGUCCAAGGACAAUGGUGUUCCAGUUGUUGCCUUCUCUCUUAAGGAGAAGAGUCGGUACAACGAGUUUGAUGUGUCAGAUAUGCUGCGUAAUUUUCAAUGGAUCAUGCCUGCCUACACCACGCCACCGGAUGCUCAACAUGUGACAGUGCUUCAGGUUGUCGUGAGGGAAGAUUUCUCAUGCACCCUAACCAAGCGCCUAGUGGAUGAUAUCACAAUGGUCCUCCAUAAAUUGGAUACCCUCCCUACUAAAAUAAGUGCCAAUAUGAUGUCCAGUGAUCAAAAAGUGAAAAAUGGCACCGUGGUGAAGAGAACAGAACUUGAGACACAAAGGGAAAUAAUUGAUGCUUGGAAGAAAUUUGUCAUGGAUAGGAAAACCAAAGUAAUUUGCUAG